AAAUUGUUGACCUGUCAGCGUUGUAGUACAAUCUGUCACUGCUCUGCCGCGGGGGCCGCCGAAUUGCGUGUCUCCCCUUGCCCUGUGCACGACACCGCCGCGGCUAGCACAGCGAGCACCAGGGCGUAGCUCCACGCCACCGGGGAUUGUUUCGACUUGUCUCUGGCUGACUCGCUCCAAGUUAGCAAACAAGUUGCAAUAGCUAGCAUCGAGCUCGUAGUCGGCGGUGGUUAAGCGAGCUUCCUUUCUGUUAGCCGGAUAACUAACUAGCUUUGCGGAAAGGAGGUGUCGCCGAGAAAUUCAACAAGUAGCACACCGAACAAAAGUGAACACUGUCACGGUCGUUUGUCUUCACCUCUCACUCAGAUGGAAAGUGCCAGCGUGCCCCUUCAGUCCAGGAAGAGGAAACGAGAUGUCUCCAAUGUGGACAACGAGGUGGGAGAAAAGAUUGGCAAAAUCCCCCGAUGCACCGUGGGCUUGAAGCACCCGGCGCCUUUCGCCGACGAGCUGGUGCCGGCCAACGCGCAGCCCUACGAGAGGGUCAGCAUGGACGAGGCCAAACGGGGAACGCGGCCGGAAAGGCCGGUGAGGGUUUACGCCGAUGGAAUCUUUGACGUUUUCCACUCGGGACAUGCCAGGGCUCUAAUGCAGGCCAAGUGCCUCUUCCCAAACACGCACCUCAUAGUUGGAGUGUGCAGCGACGACCUGACGCACAAGUUCAAGGGCUUCACGGUCAUGAAUGAAGACGAGCGCUACGAUGCCAUCCGACAUUGCCGCUACGUGGACGAAGUGGUGCGCAACGCCCCCUGGACGUUAUCGCCCGAGUUCCUCGCCAAACACCGCAUCGACUUUGUGGCCCACGACGACAUCCCGUACUCCUCGGCCGGCAGUGACGACGUAUACAAGCACAUUAAGGAAGCAGGCAUGUUUGCGCCAACCCAACGGACAGAAGGCAUCUCCACCUCCGACAUCAUCACGCGCAUCGUCCGCGACUACGACGUGUACGCCAGGCGCAACCUGCAGAGGGGCUACACGGCCAAGGAACUCAACGUCAGCUUCAUCAACGAGAAGAAGUACCACCUGCAGGAGCGCGUGGACAAGGUGAAGAGGAAGGUACGAGACGUGGAGGAGAAGAGCAAAGAGUUUGUCCAGAAGGUGGAGGAGAAGAGCAUCGACCUCAUCCAGAAGUGGGAGGAGAAGUCCCGCGAGUUCAUUGGCAACUUCCUGCAGAUGUUUGGGCCUGAGGGAGCUCUGAAGCACAUGCUGAAGGAGGGCAAAGGUCGCAUGCUGCAGGCCAUCAGCCCCCGCCAAAGCCCCAGCAGCAGCCCCACCCGCGAGGAGCGCUCGCCCUCGCCCACCUUCCGCCUGCCCUUCUUCAACAAGACCUCGCCGUCUCCUCACCACAGCGGGGCGCGGGGCUACCUCAUCAGCGAGGAUGACGACAACGAAGACGACGACAACUAGAGCCGCCGCAACAGGCAAAUUUUCCGUUUGUUUGUUUUACAUAGUUCCAUUUCCCUCCAGGCCCACAGAUUGAGCACUUGCCACCUGUUUAUAUACUUAUAUUUGAUUAUUUUUGUGCACUACUUCAUCAUGCAUUGUUUGUAAGUUGGCCUCAUGAGUAGGGCUGCAAAGAGGGUCCCCAACUGUAUUUUUAGGAGCCAACUUUCACUUUAGUAUUCUCACUAACGUCUCUGGAAAAAGCCCAAUUUACGUAUGAGAAACAUCAACUUUACUGACUCACUCUUUGGGUUAUUUACGUCCAUUCACGGUUUCAUUUUAAUGGUGAUAAUCGACUGCUUGUUUGGGAUCUCGUUGGCUGUCGGAAUAAUGGCAUCGCCAAUGUCGGGAUGUAUUUUUGAAUAUGUUCUGUCAUCUCAACUACAGUAGCUGGUUGUGUCAGCCGCCGCUACGAUGCUAUUAAACAUGUUUUUAAUUGUAUAUUUUAAUUGGUUCAUUUUACUCUUUGGGCUCUUUGGGGCACUCCAUGUAAGAGAUGGAACGAGUCAAAUGAGCUAAAAGUAUUAAACGUGUUGGCCACAUCA